AUGUACAACAUCACGGAGUUCCAACAAGAUCCUAACUACAAGAUAGCAGAUAUCACCAUAGGAACCUUGUACAUAUGCUGCUUUCUCUUCGGACUCCCAGCUAACCUCCUAUCUCUUUUUUAUUUCACCAGACAACAAUUAAAAAGCAUGGAUCUUCCCACUUACCUGUAUACUUUGGCUGCUCUUCAAGAUGCAACCAUCUGUUUCCUUUGCUUCAAUCAUGGUAUAACCAUGCUAAGACUAAGAGAGUUAUGGCUUCCAGGAGCAUGCUCUGUUCAUCAUAUUCUUUUCCAGAUGUCUCAGAGAAUGUCUGUAUUUCUUGUUGCAACCCUCUCUUGCACCCGGACCUACACCUUAGUCUACCCACUCAAGAGAGUCAACCGGAAAACUGUAUUGAGAGCACUUGCUGUUUUGUGGGUAUUGAUGACAUGCUUCUUUGUUAUCCCUCCCUCUAUUAACCUAGUCCGGAUAACGUACCAUUGGGAAGGUGGGUACUGCUGGGCUGAUCCUAUUCCUGGAGAGAGCAUUUCAAUUCUUUGGGACACCAUAGACAAUGCUAUGGACACUGCCGGGCUUGCGUUCCCUGUCGUCCCAAUAACUCUCAGCUGCGUGAUCUCAGCGCAAAAGAUUCUGGUGGUGAGGCAAGUUAAGGACAAGAGAACGAAGGUAAAGUAUGCGAUGAGGAGGUCCAGUCUCAAAAUAGAAAGCACUAACAGAAAAGCAACCGGAACUAUCAUCAUGGUGACAAUAAUGUACAUUCUAUCCAACAUUCCUCUCUUCAUCAACUAUGUCCUCUACCUCAUCACUAUAACCUCUCUGGAGUACCCUGGCCCUAUCUACAACUCCCCUGCCAUGUAUUUCUACUCCUGGAACGUGACUGCUAUCCUAUUAACGGGUCUUAAUGCCGCUGCUAACCCUGUUGUAUACUUCACCAGGUUCAAAUCGUUACGAGAGUGGGUUAGAGGUGGAUGUUUACGGGGCACUACAUUGAGUCGCCAGCAUGCCAGCCGCCGGUUCAUUAGUUCUGCAGACAAUUACAAACUCUUGCCUGCAAAUUAUGGAAUUCGUCGUCGAAAUGGAAGGAUUAAGCUUCGUGACAGUUUAAAAUUCGAGGUUGGUGAGAAUCGACGGAUGGUCCCAAUAAUUCCAAUCUCAAGAAAUGGACCAGAUUGUGACCGAAUUGAAAAGGUUGGUCUCCACGAAACGGAAGGUAAGGUUUUGAUUUCGUCUUUCUCUGGAAUGACAAAUAAUAAACGAAAAGGAGGCAUAAAGUGUAUAUAGCAGAUAAUAAACGGUUCAGAAAAUUGUUCAUAGACGAUGAAGUCACUGCCCAAAAAUUGUGUAUUGAAUUUAAUUUUAAUUUGUUUUGAAUGAUAAAAUUUUAGUUGUUAAUCUCAUGUGACAUUUCAUGUGACCAGAAUAUGUAUUAUGUGUGCUCAUCGAUAGAAAAUGACCGAUUAAA